AUGAAUGCAGAUAAUACGAUCCCGUGGAUUUCCACAAACCUGCGGGCACACGAAAUUGCUAAUCUGAAGGCAGAAUUUUUGGAAAUUGCUGAGCGUGCCGGCGACAACCUUGAGAACGCUGCACAUGCAUUUGACUCUUUUUUGCUUGUUUCGCCUGACUCUGUUUCCUCUGAACAGGGUGAGCUGGUUGAUGCAGUGUCUGAUUCUGUUGGAAUCACCCCACGUCAGCACGAGAAAGACAAGCGGAAUGAAGAAAAUGCUAACUGUUUUACGGAGCGACAUCCAGAGAGAACGGAAGACGAGUUCCUCGACUUACUAUGUGAGAUGAGCAUCGAUGAGCUCUAUUUUUUGAGAAGAGGCCUAGCACUAGACCUGGAGUGGAUCGAAAAAACCAUUGCAAGAAGGAAGUCCUUCCUUAAGUACAAAUAUGCUUCUACUUACUAG